GGGAGGUCACGCCUCCACAACAUCAGCUGAUUAUAAAGGCACGUCACACACCAACAUCCGGGUGACCCUCUGAUGAAGACGGAAGUUACACCGUCGAAACAUGUCAGCCCCUGGAGGAUUGUGGAUGACUGUGGGGGUGCCUUCACCAUGGGAGCCAUAGGUGGAGGAAUAUUUCAGGCUGUCAAAGGCUUUAGAAAUUCACCUUCUGGCAUGAGCCACAGGUUGCGAGGGAGCUUGAUGGCCAUCAGGACCAGGGCUCCACAAUUAGGAGGAAGCUUUGCUGUAUGGGGUGGGCUUUUCUCAAUGAUUGACUGUGGUCUAGUGAAGGUGCGUGGAAAAGAGGACCCAUGGAACUCAAUAACUAGUGGAGCUAUGACUGGCGCAAUUCUUGCUGCAAGAAAUGGGCCUGUGGCUAUGGUCGGUUCUGCGGCUAUGGGAGGCAUACUGCUAGCAUUGAUAGAAGGUGCUGGAAUCCUUCUCACAAGGUUUGCUUCAUCACAGCUCCCAGCUGGUCCACAGUUGGCAGAGGAACCACCCUCAAUGUCUGCUUCAUCCUUUGGUGACUAUAGACAGUACCAGUGAGCAGCCAUAAUUUAAGCCAUUUUAAUGUUCCAUGAACUUGUGGAGUAUUAAAAUUACAUGGAGCACUGAAGGAACUCAUUCAUUUAAGAAGCACAUGCCAGUGCAGUCCACCAGUGAAGAUGUUUGUUGAACAAAAAAGGAAAAGCCCCCCCCCCCUUUUUUUUUAAACCCUGGGCCUUCUGCAGCAUAGAUUUUCACAUUCUCAGCCUGCUGGUUUCUUUUCUCCCUAUUUAAAUCCAGGGUCUCUCUUGCUGGGACAAGAGAAGAUGCAUCUUUUGUGCUUAUCUAUUGGUGAAGUUUCCUUGUGUGCCCCCCCCCCCAAAAAAAAAAUUGAGUACUAACAAAUAAACACAACUUUCAGGAGACUUAGACAUUCAAGAAGACUUAAUUUUCUUAAAGUAUGCUGUUUAUCUUAAUUGUGUGAAAUGUAAGCAUCUUUUCCUAUACUUAUAAAGGUUGAACAUGUUUGCAGUGGUAAACUAUUUUGCCAGUAAACCUUUCUGGAUAAACAUGGCAUCUUUUCCGGAGCGACGUACAAGUGCAAAAGUAACAAAGAAAUAAAGUUGUAAAUUGAUUUCCUACAUCUUUACCUUCUGAACAUAUCCCUAAACUAAGUUUUGAAGCAGAUAUUUAUUUGUAACAGAAGUAAAUUGUGUUCUCACAAAAACUCAAAUUAACAUAGUACUGUAUGUAUUUCAGGUUAAAGAAAAGAUUUUGACUGGUCGAAAUGAAUAAAACUGAGUUGGGUACUCGUCUGAAAA